ACAACAAGACCCACAGCUUUAGAGCCUCUCAGUCGUUGCUUGGAGUGCUCGCGUCAUGCUGAGAUUUUGGGAUUUUCAGUGGAGGACAGGGUGGACUUCUUCCACAGAUUCUUUCAGGAUGAAAAACAAGCAAAGCUAGCUUUUGGACUUGUAAAACAAAAUGAUACCCUUUUUACCCUGUGUGUAAUUCCCCUUGUGUGUUGGAUUGUCUGCACCGUGAUGAAACAAGAGAUGGAGAGAGGCAAGGAUCUCCAGAAGACACCAUACACCCUCACUGCAGUCUAUAUGCUGUAUCUCUCCAGUUUAUUAAAGUUUCACCAUAAAGAAUCCAAGCAGGAUGUCCGAAUAAAUGUGAAAGGCUUGUGCUCUUUGGCUGCAGAAGGAAUCUGGAAACAGAAAAUACUCUUUAUGGAAGAAGAUGUCAAGAAGCACAAUUUAGAUCAGGAAGACUCCCUCCCCCUCUUUCUGAAUCAGAGCAUCUUCAAAAGGGACGUUGAUUGUAUUCAGACUUACAGCUUCAUUCACUUAAGCUUCCAGGAGUUUUUUGCUGCUUUAUUUUAUAUUCUAGAAGAAGGAGAGAGGCAGCCUUCUGAAAAUCUCAGUAAAAAUUCGCAGACACUAUUAGAACAGGCUCUACAUGAAAGGCAUGAUUUAACAAUGACAGUUCGCUUCCUCUUUGGUUUUUUAAAUGAAGAAAAAAGAAUGUCACGGUUAAAAGAAAAAUUUGGAUGGAAAAUUCCUCCUAAGAAUAAGGAGUUCUUAAUAGCCUGGGUGAAAAAUUACAAUAAUGAAGGGAUUCUGGAAGAAGAAAUAUUUAGUUAUUUAUAUGAGACACAAGAUGACAAUUUUGUAAAAAAUGCAUUGUAUAAUGUGACUACAGUACAUUAUGAUUCCAAAUCCUUUAUGGAAUUGAUGAUCCUGGCCUAUUGUGUACAACACUGCCAGAAUUUGGAGGAUCUCUAUGUUGAGAGAAACAAAGAAGUAUUUCCACCAGGAAAUGAGUAAGUAUUUUUGAAAGUCUGAUGAACAUUUAAUUCAGUUUAUGAUCCUGGCACCACUGUUCUCUCACCUGCCAUCUUAAAUAUAAUAAUAGGCUAGAAAAAAUGCCACUUAAUAGCAUGCAUAAAAGUCUUUGGGCAGCUAAGGAGGGGUCUCAAAUCCUUAGCAGUUGGGGCAAGACAUGGCUUGGCUUGGGUGGGUGUGGAAGGACUAUGUGCUAAAAAUGAGCACUUGUCCAUUGGUCAGACCAACACCAAUCAGUCCCUCUUGAUCUUAAGAACUUGAUAGUCAUAUCACAAGGAAU